AUGCACAAGAGAGGUUCACAACUUGAGAUUUGCUCACUAUGUGCAUUUUCUUUUUGUUACCAGGUUGCAGAAAACAGGUGUUGGAGUUGCGGGCUUGACUGUCAGUCCAAGCCAGAUCUACUGAACCAUUUACACAAAACAGUCAGUUUCAUAGAAAGUGUGUUUCCAUGGGAGGACGACAAAUAUCUGAGACCUUUUAUGCAGGAGGAUCCACUCUUGUACAGUUUUGGUGAAGAUGAGGAUACAUCAUCAGUUGACAAAAAGGAACUAAGAAUGGAUUUGAAUAGUUUUGAUCGGAUUUUCAUUGAUGAUGAGGGUGCUUUAAAAUCGUAUGCCCCUGAAUGUACGAUAUCUUAUGCGAAUGGAACACNUGAAGGUGAAGAUGAGGAUACAUCAUCAGUUGACAAAAAGGAACUAAGAAUGGAUUUGAAUAGUUUUGACCGGAUUUUCAUUGAUGAUGAGGGUGCUUUAAAAUCGUAUGCCCCUGAAUGUACGAUAUCUUAUGCGAAUGGAACACAGGAGGUUGCUUCUGCUCCUGAUAGCUAUUUGAAUAAGGUGAAUUCUUUGGAAAAGUCAAUAAUCAAUGGUAGUGAUGAUAAAGAAGAUGGUGUUUCAUCUGAUAGAAACUUUGAAGAUAAGCACUCGAGUGUUUUUUUCUCAAAGAUUGUUGAAGAUGACAGAAAAAAGGUGAAUAAGAAUUAUUUUGGCGCCUACAGUUCCUUUGGCAUCCACAGGGAGAUGAUCAGUGAUAAGGUAAGAACAGAUGCCUAUAGGCAAGCUAUUUUGGAAAAUCCUUCUCUUCUAAAUGGUGGUGUUGUUUUGGAUGUAGGUUGUGGGACAGGCAUACUAAGUCUUUUUGCGGCUCAAGCUGGGGCCUCAAGGGUGAUUGCAAUUGAUGCCAGUGAGAAGAUGGCUGUGGUGGCAGCUCAGAUUGCGAAAGAUAAUGGCCUUUUGUGUGGUGGAAACCCAAUGGAAGGUACCAGUCGGUGUACGGGAGAAAUAGAAGUGGUACAGGGGAUGGUUGAAGAACUCAAUGAUUCCAAACACAUUCAACCCCGCAGUGUUGAUGUGUUAGUGAGUGAAUGGAUGGGUUAUUGCCUACUCUACGAGUCAAUGCUAAGCUCGGUACUAUUUGCACGGGAUCAAUGGUUGAAGCCUGGAGGUGCCAUUCUCCCAGACACAGCUACUAUGUUUGUCGCUGGAUUUGGAAGAGGUGCUACCAGUAUUCCAUUCUGGGAAAACGUAUAUGGCUUCAACAUGUCUUGCAUUGGCAAGGAAGUUGUUGAAGAUGCUGCCCGGGUUCCUAUUGUUGAUAUUGUUGAAAGUCAUGAUAUAGUGACCAAUCCCGCGGUUCUUCAGACGUUUGAUCUGGUGACAAUGAAAUCUGAAGAUGUGGACUUCACAGCACACAUUGAGCUGGAACCAAAGCAAGAUUCUUCUGUGAACUACAGUACUGAUUUGAAACCUAAUUCGACUUGGUGUUAUGGAGUAGUCUUGUGGUUCGAGACUGGGUUUACUUCUAGGUUUUGCAAAGAAGUGCCAACUGUUCUGUCCACAUCCCCAUUCACUCCCAAUACACAUUGGUGUCAGACUAUCCUCACUUUUCGAGAACCAAUUGCAAUGGCAUCAGGAGAAGCCAAUCUCAAUGCUGACAGGUUGGUAGCUGUUGGUACUGAUGCCUGUCCUGCCGUGAAACUACAUUCCCGGAUUAGUAUUGCCCGUGCUCCCAAGUAUCGUAGCAUUGACAUAUCCUUGGAGAUUACAGGGAUCGGGCCUGAUGGUCGAAAACGAAAUUGGCCAGUCCAAAUAUUUAAUCUGUCGUAG